GGAAAUUUAGCAGUUUAAGACCACGCAAGCCACUUCCUGUUGCCCCUUCUGUAAUGAGGUAGGACUUUCAUGAAAAGAGCCUGAGAGAGAAACGGCGCAAAAUGAGAAUUCGGAUUCUUUAAUACAACGUCCUUUGCAGUGGAUUAUAUCAACUUUAACUUCAACUAUAUCAACUUUUUAUUAUGACAUCUUGCAUUAAUAGAUGUCGGUUAGGGAGUGGGAAGUAUGUCUGCACUCCUGAAUCAACAGGCCAUGAAAUUCGGCAAUAAACCUGAACUUGAAAUGAUGAAAGGUCUGGAGAGAAGGGGAUCAGACUUGGAACCUGCUUUACUGCUGGAGAAGAUUAAUGAAUUCUUCCAGACCUGUGACAGUGAAGGAAAGGGUUACAUAACGCCCACUGAUAUGAGGAGGUUGAGCAAAGAAUUACCACUCUCUGCAGAAGAACUGGAGAAUGUCUUUGACUCAUUAGACUUGGAUGGAAAUGGCUACCUUACUCUAGAAGAGUUCUCCUCGGGAUUCAGCAAAUUUCUGCAGGGACGUAGAAUGAGCCAGACAGCUGAUCAGCUCACAGGUCUGUCAAAGGACUAUCCAGAAGUUCUAUAUCAGAACGAUCCACAGGAUUAUGAGGAAGAAAAACACUUCAACACACUGAUGGAAAGCCUAGGCGCUAGCAAAAUCUUUGAAGAUCCUAGUGAAGUGCGCACUCUGUGGAUACAGCUAAGAAAAGACGAGCCUCAUCUCUUGUAUAACUUUGAGGAUUUCCUGGCUCGAGUCACAUCGCAGAUCAGACUGGCCCAACAAGAAAAAAGGGAGAUGGAAAGUGCCUUGAAAAAGAAAGCUGCAACACACAAUGGUGAAAUCCAGCAGUUGUACGAGGAAAUGGAGCAACAGAUAAAAAAUGAGAAAGAUAAACUGAGUCACAAGGCCUUCAGAAGUCAGGAUCUGCAACAGCAGCUGAGCAGCAAAGAGCAAGAACUUGAGUGUCUUUUCCUUACACAGAGAAGGUUGGAGCAACAGUGUCAAGAGUUGCACACUGAACACCAGGAGAGUCAGUUGCAGAACAUAAAACUGAAAAUGACCAAUGAGGAGCUCUCACGCAAGCUGGAACACACCUGUCAUGAGCUUUCAUUGGCACAGGAGCAAUUGGCCAAACUGCAGGAGCGAGGCUUGAGACAGCAGCAAGAAAAAGAUAUGGAGGCCUACAGAAUCACAGAGAGACUGCAGAGAGAGAAGCAAAACCUAGAUAAUCAACUAGACCUGCUCAGAGAAAUGAAUACACAAUUAAGAGAUGAAAAAGACUCUUUGAAAUGCAGCAAUUUGUUGAAAAAAAACAUCCUUGAACAGGGACAAGCCUCAAUCUCUACUGCUCAUUCUCACAGGAAGCAGACUACAGAAAGUAGUGAGGCUGAUACAGAAGUGACUCAGCACCCUUCCAGCAACAGGAAGACCUCAUCUUACAGCUCUAACCAGCACUCUGCCUCUGAAGAUGAAAAGAUAAUGAGAGUUGCCAAGCAUACUACGAGUGCAGAUAUCUCAACCACUGAGAACCUUGACACCAGUGCUCUGGAUUCUCGAUUCCACAGGCUUAUUUCCAUCGAGGAGGACCCCCUCCCACACCUUCUAGAAGGAGAACCAUAUUCUCUCUUCAAGCAGAUGAAUGAAGAAGAAGAAGCACAGAUUGAUUUGCAGAUGAGCCCCAUGUAUCCCUCAAACAUGUCCAUGUCCUUUAUGAUCGAGGGGCAGCCGUUAGGCAAAGAGGCUUCACCAAAGAGCUCUGUGUCCACCUCACAUCGCCUCUAUAAAGUCAUUCUUGUGGGCAACUCAAGUGUUGGUAAAACUGCUUUACUACACCGGUUCUGCGAUGGUCAUUUCAAUGCAAACACAACAGCCACUGUGGGCAUUGACUACAGCGUGCAGACUCUGAAUCUGGGGGACUGCCAUGUGGUUCUGCAGUUGUGGGACACUGCAGGACAAGAAAGAUUUCGAAGCAUCACCAAACAGUUUUUCCGCAAGGCUGAUGGCGUGGUGGUGGUCUACGACAUCACUCAGCGUGUCAGCUUUAAGGCUGUGCAAUCCUGGCUGGUGAGCAUAGAGGAAACAGCAGGGGAACAGGUUCCCAUCAUGCUUCUGGGCAACAAAUCAGACAAGGAGAGAAUGAGACAGGUGGAGACUGGGGAAGGGAAAAAGCUUGCGAAGGAAACACGUUUGUUGUUUUAUGAGUGCAGUGCUUAUACAGGCUACAAUGUGCAAGAGGCUUUCAUACACCUUACCAGAGUGCUAAAAGAGCAGGAGGACAGAGUUCGGGAGAGCACAGUGAAGCUGGGGGCCCAGUCAGUGAAGAAUAAAAGCUGCUGCAUGUGACCACACACACACACACACACACACACACACACACACACACACACACACACACUCAGGUAUUUUAAAUGUGUAGCAUAUGAGAGAGGGUGCAAGAGGUGAACAGUGAAGCUGUAAUUAAGAAUGCAGCUCUGUGCUUCCAUUAUGUUGUUGUUAUUGGUUAAUAUACUGACAGAAUGUUAUUCACUCAGGUCUAUUGACUCAUGUGACAGUAGAAUAAAAAGAUAGUGAUAGAUAGACAAAGAGAUAUAGUGCAGUUGAAUCUGAUAAGGAAUUAAAUGAGACCACAGUACAUGUUUUACCACAUCUACUCACUGUAAGCAUGAAUGCCAUAUUUCACUCUUGCUAAGUAAGCAUGAAUAGGCAUUUAGGGAUGAGCAGGCAAGAAAGUAAUAUAUUUUUUUCCUCCUUCUUAGAGGAAUCUCUGUUUAAAUUUUAAAGUCAAAUAUUUGACAUAAAUGUUUAGUAAUGUAAUAAAUUAUUAAUGUACAUAUAAUUUUAUAAUAUAUAAUAUAUGGCAUAUACUUUUCAUGUUUUUGUUCCAUGUACAGAAACAUUUGUUUGAAACAAUUGUUAUAUAAGAGGUAUACAAUUAUGUUAU